GUUUGUCCGGGUGGAGAAAUAUUCGACGACAAUAAGUAGCGCCCAACAACCUAUUCCGGCGCUCAUUGAUGGCGACGCUGCCGCCACAAGCUCAAUUCCCUCGCGCGUCUCCACCUCACGCUUCCAUCGCCCACGCACCGCGACACCGGGCUGUGCUGAUUGAAGUCAAUAUUUGUAGAGCAGAGCACGCUCAGCUCGUUCCGGUGGCAGCGGGAGGAGAUAAUCAUUGAUGGAGAUAGAAGUGCGCGCCACGCCGCGGGAGGUUCCACGGCCGCCGCAACCCGCCGCGGCAGAGGCGGCCUACCUAGUGUGGGAGGACCUGACUGCGGCGCUGCCCAACUACGGCAGCGGCCGGCCGCCGAAGAAGCUGAUACAGGACUUGAGCGGCUACGCGGUGCCCGGCCGGAUUCUGGCCAUCAUGGGCCCUUCCGGCUCCGGCAAGUCGACGCUUCUUGAUUCCUUAGCAGGGAGGCUCGGAAACAAUGUCGUUUUACAUGGCAGCGUGCUGCUUAACGGAAGGAAGAGAAGGCUGGAUUAUGGAGCUGUGGCAUAUGUGAGGCAAGAGAACGUGUUCCUGGGGACACUCACCGUGCGGGAAACCAUCACCUACUCGGCCCACCUGCGGCUGCCGGCUGCCGGCAGGAGGAAGGCGGAGGUGGCAGCGGUGGCGGAGGUGGUGGAGGCGACGAUCCUCGAGAUGGGGCUGCAGGAGUGCGCGGACCGGGUGAUCGGGAACUGGCACAUGAGGGGGAUCAGCGGCGGGGAGAAGAAGCGACUGAGCAUCGCGCUGGAGAUCCUGACGCGGCCGCGGCUGCUCUUCCUCGACGAGCCCACCACCGGGCUCGACAGCGCCGCCGCCUUCUUCGUGGUGCAGACGCUGAAGCACAUCGCGGUGGACGGCAACAAGACCAUCGUCUCCUCCAUCCACCAGCCCAGCAGCGAGGUCUUCGGCCUCCUCGAUGACCUCUGCCUCUUGUCCGGCGGAGAGGCCGUCUUCUUCGGAGAUGCCAAGUUGGCCACCCAGUUUUUUGCAGAUGUCGGAUUUCCCUGCCCAAGAAGAAGAAACCCUUCAGACCACUUCCUCAGAUGUAUAAACUCUGAUUUUGAUCGCGUAAAUGCCACCAUUAGAGGCUCAAUGAGGAUACAUGAGGAGACAGAAUCACCUUCAGAUCCAUUGUCAACAUUAGCUACUGCACAGGUUAAAGUAAUUCUCAUUGAUGAAUACAGGAGCUCAGAGUAUGCCAGGCACACCCAAAGGCAGAUUCAAGAGAUAUGCAAGAUAGGAGGGCUCAGUGUUCAAUCUGACAAAGGCAGCCAGGCCAAUUGGUGGAAACAGCUCACAAUUCUCACAAAGAGAUCCUCUGUGAACAUGACUAGGGACAUUGGUUACUAUUGGUUAAGAAUCAUCAUUUACAUGGUGGUCUCUGUGUGUGUGGGCACCAUUUUCUUCGAUGUCGGCACAAGCUACAGAGCCAUACUAGCAAGAGCCUCCUGUGGGGGCUUCGUCUCGGGCUUCCUCACGUUCAUGUCCAUUGGUGGCUUCCCAUCCUUCAUUGAAGAGAUGAAGGUCUUCGAGCACGAAAGGCGAAACGGCCAUUACGGAGUUGCAGUAUUCAUACUGUCUAACUUCCUGUCUUCGGCACCUUUCUUGGUUGCCAUAGCUCUCGCCAGUGGCUCAAUAACCUUCUACAUGGUGAAGUUUAGAAAGGGCUUCUCUCACUUUGCUUACUAUACCAUCAGUCUCUACGGCGGCAUUGCUGACAUAGAGAGCCUGAUGAUGAUUGUGGCGUCUCUCGUGCCUAAUUAUUUGAUGGGGAUCAUAACUGGAGCUGGCCUCAUUGGAAUUAUGAUGAUGACAGCCGGUUUCUUUCGGUUACUGCCGGAACUUCCCAAGAUCUUUUGGCGAUAUCCAGUUUCUCUUCUCAGCUACGGCUCAUGGGCAUUGCAGGGAAACCUCAAGAAUGACUUCAUAGGACGUGAGUUUGACCCGCUGGUACCUGGAGCCCCCAAACUGAGUGGCGAGUAUAUAAUCGAACACAUAAUGGGCGUCAGCAGCUUGAACCGGUCAAAGUGGCUAGAUUUGAUGGCUCUGUUUGUGCUGCUCAUUUCAUACAGAGUCGUCUUCUUUCUCAUUCUGAAGCUGAGAGAGAAGGCAUCGCCGUAUGUGCAGAUGUUGUAUGCGAGAGCUAGUGCGAAGCGAGUGACGAAGAAACCUUCCUUCAGGAAGAGGCUGAGUUCAGUGUCAUCGAGGUACCAGCCGCAGCAUCCCAUGGCUCUGCAGGAAGGCCUCAGCUCUCCUCUUCCAUGAUACUGCAAACGAAUUUCAUGAAACAAACAAGAUGAAUAAUGUGAUUGAUUACAAUGUGUGAUUCUUGUGCAUUGCCAUGAUCUUGCAAGGUUAUAUGUUGGAAUAAUUGAAGUGGUUAAUUUGUUCCUGGAGUAGUCAUUUGGGUCUUGCA